AGGCACUCUCUUAGAGCAUAACGGGAGUUGUAGUUGGGGAGCGUCCCGGGAAGGUUCCGGGUGACGCCUUCUGGUCCGGGGGCGGGCGGCGAUCACAGCGCUCCUCGCCUGAAAGGAGGAGGAACUGGCCACCGGGAGGAGGCUCUAGUGAGGCCUGGAAGGCUGUGCACCCAGGCAGGGGAGGGGAUUCGGGGUUGAGGGGCGGCAAGUAGUGCGGCUGAUAUGCUUCUGGGGUCGUGACCGCUCGGGGACCGAAGGAGAACCUGGCCAGACCCAGCCUGGAGGCCUCGCCUUCGUCGGCCUAUCUCCAACGGCCAUCUAGGCCUCAUAGAGGUUCUUUUUCGUGUGACCGCCCGGCUUCCUUCCCUGAUUUUCUGACCGGGAGAUGGCCUCCCCCAGCCCCCCGCCCGACCCAAAGGGGUUGCUGACAUUUGAGGAUGUGGCUGUGUUUUUUACCCAGGAGGAGUGGGAUUAUCUGGAUCCAGCUCAGAGAAGCCUGUAUAAAGAUGUCAUGAUGGAGAAUUAUGGGAACCUGGUCUCACUGGAUGUUUUGAAUAGAGAUAAGGAUGAGGAACCAACUGUGAAACAAGAAAUUGAGGAAAUUGAGGAAGAAGUGGAACCACAGGGUGUAAUAGUUACAAGAAUCAAAAGUGAAAUUGACCAGGAUCCCAUGAGUAGAGAAACCUUUGAACUUGUUGGUAGGUUAGAUAAACAGAGAGGAAUUUUCUUAUGGGAAAUACCAAGGGAAUCUUUGACCCAGGAGCAGAGAAUGUUUAGAGGAAACACUAACAUUAUCCGUAAAAGACCAAACUCAGAAGAGAAAUGCCAUAAAUGUGAAGAAUGUGGAAAGGGUUUUGUCCGCAAGGCCCAUUUCAUUCAACAUCAAAGGGUUCAUACUGGUGAGAAACCUUUUCAAUGCAAUGAAUGUGGGAAAAGUUUUAGUCGCAGUUCAUUUGUGAUUGAACAUCAGAGAAUUCAUACUGGGGAAAGACCCUAUGAAUGUAAUUACUGUGGGAAAACCUUUAGUGUGAGCUCAACACUUAUUAGACAUCAGAGAAUCCACACUGGAGAGAGACCCUAUCAGUGUAAUCAGUGUAAACAGAGCUUCAGCCAGAGAAGGAGCCUUGUUAAACAUCAAAGGAUUCACACAGGUGAGAAACCUCAUAAAUGUAGUGACUGUGGGAAAGCCUUCAGUUGGAAGUCACACCUUAUAGAACAUCAGAGAACUCACACUGGUGAAAAACCCUAUCACUGUACCAAAUGUAAGAAAAGCUUUAGUCGAAAUUCAUUACUUGUUGAACAUCAGAGAAUUCACACUGGGGAAAGACCACAUAAAUGUGGUGAAUGUGGGAAAGCCUUUCGAUUAAGUACGUACCUUAUACAACACCAAAAAAUCCACACUGGUGAGAAGCCUUUUCUUUGCAUUGAAUGUGGAAAAAGUUUCAGUCGGAGCUCAUUCCUUAUUGAACAUCAGAGGAUCCAUACAGGUGAAAGACCUUACCAGUGCAAAGAGUGCGGGAAAAGCUUCAGUCAACUUUGCAACCUUACUCGGCACCAGAGAAUUCACACAGGAGACAAGCCCCAUAAAUGUGAAGAGUGUGGGAAAGCCUUCAGUAGAAGCUCAGGUCUUAUUCAGCAUCAGAGAAUCCACACUAGAGAGAAGACUUUUCCAUACAGUGAAACUAAGGAAAGUUUUGAUCCAAAUUGCAGCCUUGUUAUACAGCAGGAAGUCUACCCUAAGGAAAAAUCUUAUAAAUGUGAUGAAUGUGGGAAAACUUUCAGUGUUAGUGCUCAUCUUGUACAACAUCAAAGAAUUCACACUGGUGAAAAACCCUACUUAUGUACCGUAUGUGGGAAAAGCUUCAGUCGGAGCUCAUUUCUUAUUGAACAUCAGAGAAUCCACACUGGUGAGAGGCCCUAUCUGUGCAGACAGUGUGGCAAAAGCUUUAGUCAGCUUUGUAAUCUUAUUCGACAUCAGGGAGUUCACACAGGUAAUAAACCCCAUAAAUGUGAUGAAUGUGGGAAGGCCUUUAGCCGGAAUUCAGGCCUUAUUCAGCAUCAGAGAAUACACACUGGAGAGAAACCUUAUAAGUGUGAGAAGUGCGACAAAAGUUUUAGUCAACAGCGCAGCCUUGUCAACCAUCAGAAGAUCCAUGCAGAGGUGAAAACUCAAGAUACCUAUGAAUGUGAUGCUUGUGGCGAAGCUUUCAAUUGCCGCAUAUCUCUUAUUCAGCAUCAAAAAUUGCACACCACUUGGAUGCAGUAAAUGUGGGGAGAUACUUAAGCUCAGUUUGACUUGAGAGUAGCUGCCCAAGUGCAGUUUCAGUAUGGCUCAACACGUGUCAGAUUUGGUGAUAAAGCAAAUUCUUGGCCUCAGGCAAAUGGUUUCUAAAGAUUCUGUGAAUAGUGGGCAAGUGCCCACAAGCAAUUGAAGACUUCCAUUAUUAUUUGUUUUGACGAUUAUAGAGAAAGACAAUUUAUUUAGGCAUCUUUCUUUAACAAAUCUAUCAACAGAGAGAUUAAACCCAGGUUCAGAGCACUUGGUUAAAAUUAAUCUGAGAGAUAAAGUUGUAUUAAUACAAGGGAGUUGGAAAGACACUGUUUAAACUAGAAUAAUUAUACAGAGGGUCCUCUGCCACCAUUCUAUGGUGGUUCUUUCAGUUCCAUGAUAUAUUUGGCUAUGGAUGCCAAAGUCCACUAAUUAAGCAUAUGAUAAAAUUUUCAAGGAAACAAAGCCCCGUUUCCUUUUUUUCUUUUGGGAACUGGUAUCCAAAGUUUUUGUCAUCAAGAAAGACAGUUUGGCAUGUGUUUAAAGAAAGGUUCUUUGAAUGCCUUGUGGUUCCCAGAUCUAUAAAGUGAGUGACCAUUAAUUUUACAUGUAAAGAUUAUGUGAGUAACUAACAAACCUAGCAAAGGUGUUACCAAGGAACCUUUGGGAGUGCCUUUUCUUUUUUUUUUUUAGAUGGACCCAGAACGGUGGAGGAAGACACUACUUUUUGUGUCCUCCCAUCUGUGAAAGAUAUUUGUAAUUCUAUACAAAAAAUCUUACUCCACCACUACCAGUAGCAUGUGAAAGUGUACAUAUUUUGAUUACCAAGAGUUGGCAAUAAAAAGACCCGGAGUCUGUGCUAGAAAGCUGAGAUAUUUUGGUAUUGCUUUGGUUUUAACGGUAACUAGACUUUGCAUGCAAUUUUAAAAUACUUAUUUAUGGUUCUAGGGCUUCCCUUAGUUAAUGGUUAUUAUAAACCUAUUAAUUCACCUUUUUUAAUCAUUAAAACUGUUUUUGUUUUUGUUUUUACUUUGGGUAAGAGUUCUUUGUUACUUUAGAUAAAAUCUAUCCUGUCAAAUACAUUACUUCAUUUAAAAAUAAGAAUCAAGGAUUUGGAGGAAAUUGCUCUCUCUCUCGUUCUGCCUUUUCUGGGAUAGUACAGCUACAGUUAAUUCCAGGUUCUUCAGUUUCUGAAUGUAGAAUUCCUAAUCUCCAGAACUCUGUAAUUCUAACUUCCUAAUGGUUUGAACAAAAGCCCUACUUGUCCCCUAUAUCCUAGACAUUCUAAACACCACCUCUAAACUUUCAUCUUCCCAUCACUGAAUAUAUGUGUGUGCGUGUGUGUAAAUGUGGAUGUUGUGGUACAUUUGUGGAAAUGUACCUCUCUGUGCAUUCCCUUAUUCAAAUUAGGUACUCAUAGUUACCAUACAGUUAACUCUUCAAAGCAGAGCUUGUAGCCCAAUGAAAAGUGGAAAAAGUAAUUGAAACAUUUGAUUCUUCAAUAAAAUCAUCCACCUGCCCUAAAUCUCCCCAGCUUUACUAAUUCUAUAGCAGUGGUUCCCAGGCUAAGGUCUCAACUAAUAAUAAGGUUCCUAGGCCUGUUCUCAGUAUUCUGAAAAACCUAAUACAAAGUGUAUGUUUUAAAUGCAUGCACACUAAGACAUUGCUUUGGAUUUUGCUGGAAUUGCAUGUUUCUUGUAUGCCAGCUUGCUUAGUAGAAGCUCUGAUUGUUGACAUUGUAAUGUGGGGCCAUGGUCGUAUGAUGUAGUCCUACUAAAAUUACAUAGUUUUUAACACCCUUGGAUGUGAAUCUGGAGUGACAGCUCCAAACUCUAGUAUGAGACAGUUCUUGGCGAUAUGUACAAUUCAUAGCUUAUAAAAAGCAUAGCCAAAAAGGUGAAUUUUUAAAAAGCAAGCUCACUGCAAAAAUGAUACCAGUAUGAUAAUUAGAAAGUCAUUAAUGAAUUCUAUAAGAGCAGCUUCCAAAAUUGGGAAGAGCCUGUUUUCAAGGGGUUAAGUAGUUUCUGGAAAGUGUAGAUCAUCAGUUCCCAAAUGCUAUCAAUUCAGGACAAGUUUACUGUCCCACAUUCAAAUGGUAAAAAUAAGGGCAAUAUAACAUCUUUGUAAAAAAGUAAUUUGAAGGCCUUUCCUCUGAAAUUAUUUCCCCCCCUUUUUUGAAUAAAAAAGGCUUUUUAUAAUAGUAAUUUUAGGGAUGAUCUGUUGAAUAUAUAUGUAUCUUUAGUUUUAAAAAAAAUUGGCAGCUCUUAUUAUUCUAUCCACUUCAUUUUACUGGUCUAUAAAAGGGAAUAAAAAGUAGAUUACUUGUCUGUGAAUAUAAAGAAGGAUAGAGAUCAAGAUUAAAGAAAAAUCUGAGUAUUUUUCCAUCUGAGAAGGUAGCCAGUUGAAGAAAAGGUUGAAGAUAAAGGAGAGCAGAUGGAAAUAGAUUAUCCUAUUAGAUAAGCAAAAAUUCUAGCAGUAAUGGAAGGAUUUUCUUUAGAGGUUUUCUUCCGCCAAUUUGGGAGAAAAAAAAGAUUUAAUGUCUUGAGGGGAAGGGGAAGAAAUAGAGUGCAUUUGAGAUUACACAUUUUUAAACAGUCAAAUGCACAUUUUGAGAGGGAAGGGUUAAGAAGACACCAUUAGGGGUAGAGUUGGGAACCUUGUCAAUAGUAUAGGUUUUGGAGUCAAAGCUGAGGAGAAUGGAAGAGAACCAAACAAACAAUGGAAGGGCUUCUGGGGUUUUAUUUAGGGCCCAUCUAAAGAACUAUGAAUAUUUAAUGGAAUUACACAGAUUCCUUGGGAUUGACACAUGAAAUGAUUUUGAAAGAAAAUUAGGGUUAAAGUAGAUGAAGUAAAAUAUGAAUUAGUAAAUGUAUUCAGGUUCUCCAGAAAAACAAUCAAUAAACCAAUAAGGUAGUAAAUAGGAAGGAAGGCAUUGGCUCAUGUGAUUAUGGAGCCAAGAAGUCAUAAUAUGUCAUCUAGCUGGACAACUAUGAUGUGGUAUAAUUCAAUCCAAAGGCUCAAGAACCAAGACUGCUGAUGUCCAAGGACAGAAGAUGGGUGGCCCAGCAUAGGCAGAGAGCAAAUGGGCCCUUCCUCCACCUUUUUGUUCAGUGAAUAAGAUGCUCACAAGCAUUGGUGAAGGCCAUCUUUUAGUCUACAGAUUCAAAUGCAGAUCUAGAAACCCUCAGAGACAGGCCCAGGCAAUGUUUUACCAACUAUCUGGCAGCAAUUAGCCCAGUCAGGUUGAGACAAAAUUAACCAUCACAGUAGAGAACAUUUUUAAAUGAGCAGAUAAAAAGUCUGGUGGCAAAAAAAAAAAAACUAUAAUACUCUAGUUUUGGUGAGUGAGGCAUUUCACUUUGACCUGUCUUUCCUAAAGGAGGAUGUCAGCAAAUCAAGGGGCACACAGAAUACCCAGAAUAAACUUCAACCCUUUCUUAAAUCUAGUCCAGAUAUUCCAUUUUUUAACAGUUACUGUUCUUAAUUGGUAUUUGAUACCUUUUGUCCUCUGCCUCCUUCAAAAGUAUUCUGUGGCCUUGGGUGGUUGGUGGGGGUGGGUUGAUUGAUUUCUUUUUAAUUAAGACCAUCUCUGUAACCAUGAUGCAUAGACAAGUAAAGGAAGACAUACAUUUACUGCACAAGUGGUACAAGUUCAAUUAACAUGCAUCUUUUAAAUACCUGCCAGGUGCUAUGUUUAUACUAUCUAAGUAUUAGUUGCAUAGUUGCAUCAAGCAGUCCUUUAUCCUCAAGGAGACUUUGGGGAGUGAAUAGGAAGCCUCCUGUGUUCCAUACCAUAAAGAUGAGAAAAAUCACCUAACUUUACAAAACACUGAGUUUGAUACAUUUUGCACAAAUAAAACAUGCAUAUCUCUGCCUGUACUAUUUCCUGUACAGGAGCCAUGUUCUCAAGAACACACCUCAUGGAGUGGUUAAGGCACACCUCCAUAUCACAUGACAGGCACUAUGGCCCUGGAACAAAGUGCACUCUGACUUUUUUUGGCCUGUGAAUUCCCUCAAGGCAAAACCAGAGCAGGACAAGGAAAGGUUGGAAAUGGCUGCAGAAAGAUGUCCUGAUCUUGGAUAUCUUAAGAGGGCAGGUAUAUUUCUCUGACCUUGGGCUGCAGCCUUACCCUGAUUGUUCCACACUGCCGGAAGAAUCAGUGCUGUAUUUAGAAGAUGCUCUAUAUUUCACUGUGCCCUGUACUCAAAGGGCUCACUCAGUUCUAUGCAUGUAUGUAAGCCUCUUUUUGAGAACUAGAUGUAGGAGCAUUUUGAAUUUUCAUUUCCUCCAGUGCUUGCCUCUCGAGUUACAAUAAACAGAGACUUUAUUAGAGUGUUAAAUCGCUAUGCUCCAUAGGGAGAGUUUUUGUUGUUUUCUCCCAUCUGAAGAUAAUGUCCACUCAUCAACAUACACCAACAAAAAGCUAGGCCCCACAUUGAAUUAUUAUUAUACAUACUUUGCUGUGUCCCAGUUUCCUCUCAAUCCUCUACAUUCAAAAAACUAAUAACUGUCAGCAAUACCUUUCAUCAUGUUAUUCCCUGCUCAAAACUUUUUCACAGGUUCCUAUUUCUUAUUACUUCAAGGUAAGGCUUUCUGUAAUAUCCCUGCCCAGUCUCCCCUUACCCUCCAUGGUGCCCCUGCACUUGGCCUCAUCAUUCUCAUCUAAUUCCAACAAUUUCCUCAACACGUACAUCUAUACUUAAGUUAGUACAGUUAAUUCAUAUUCACUCCCACUCAAGUGCCUUUACCAUUCAUCAAAAACCUACUUGAGAUAGGAAAAAUAUGUUUAUUCACAACUUAUGUAUCUGGCACUCUACAUAAAAUAUUGCUAACCUCACAGCAACCCUGCCUUACACACAAGGAAACUGAAGCUCAAGUUCCCAAGAUCAGAAAGCUAGCAAUAAGCUAAUUCAUCUUACCUUUUAAAUGUCCUUUGGUCUGAGCACCUAGCCUAUGCCACUGUGAUUUAGUACAUAAUAUAUUGUGUACUGUUUUGUUUCCUAAUUGUUCCCUGUCUUCCUCCUCUCAAUGGCAAAUGUACAAGGACCUUGUAGUAUCUUUGCAGAGCCCAGCAUAUAGAAGGUGCUGGAUGAAUACUUGUUGCCUGAUUUUAAAUAUGUUCACAUAUAUUAAUGCUCAAUAUUGAGAGCUAAACUAUUUCAGGAAGCUUAGGACAGAUGUGUUA